AUCAAGGUGCCCCGGGAAAGUGGACGCAGGGAGCGAACAGGCGCGAGGCGGGGAAGGAAUCUCUCUUAGGCGCUGCCUGGUAGACUGUAGAGGCUGCAUUUCUUCAGCAACUUGUGUGAAGGGCGUCUACACCUGAUGAUUCUUUCAGACACCAGAAAUGGCUUAACCCCAUCAACUUGGCACUUGCUCCUUGGACAUGUAACCAUUGUUGUAGAGAUGAAAACUUAUGACAAAUGGAAACGUGUUCAUGAAAGGAACUGCUUAAAAUAGGAACUCGUUUGGGCUGAAAAUGGGAGUGCUUUGUUCAGUUAUCAAGUUUGAAAAUCUCCAUGAACUGAAAAGACUGUGCCACUGGGGUCCUAUCAUAGCGCUCAGUGUAAUAGCAAUAUGCUCCACCAUGGCUAUGAUCGAUGCUGUUCUGUGGUAUUGGCCUUUGGACACAACUGGAGGAAGUAUCAACUUCAUCAUGCUCAUCAAUUGGACUGUUAUGAUCCUUUACAAUUACUUCAAUGCCAUGUUUGUUGGCCCUGGAUAUGUCCCCAUUCAAUGGAAACCAGAAAACUCUCAGGACUGCAUACAACUUCAGUACUGUAAAAUAUGCCAGUCUUACAAGGCUCCACGUUCGCAUCACUGCCGAAAAUGUAACAGGUGUGUGAUGAAGAUGGACCAUCACUGCCCUUGGAUCAAUAACUGCUGUGGGUUUCAGAAUCAUGCCUCCUUCACUCUCUUUCUUCUGCUAGCCCCACUUGGAUGUAUCCAUGCUGCUUUCAUUUUUGUCAUGACCAUGUACACUCAGCUUUAUAACAGGGUGUCCUUUGGCUGGAGUUCUGUAAAGAUUGAUAUGAGUGCAGUGAGACGAGACCCCCGCCCAAUCAUUCCUUUUGGGUUGUCUGCAUUUGCUGCAUCUUUAUUUGCCUUGGGAUUGGCAUUGGGGACCACCAUAGCAGUUGGUAUGUUGUUUGUUAUCCAGAUGAAAGUAAUUUUAAGGAAUAAAACUUCAAUAGAAUCAUGGAUUGAAGAAAAGGCCAAAGAUCGCAUUCAAUAUUACCAAACGAGAGAAACCUUCGUUUUUCCUUAUGACCUGGGAAGCAAGUGGAAUAACUUCAAGCAAGUGUUCACAUGGUCUGGAAACCCCGAGGGAGAUGGCUUAGAGUGGCCCAUAAGGGAAGGCUGCCAUCAGUACAGUCUGACGAUAGAGCAGUUGAAACAAAAAGCUGACAAGAGAGUGAGAAGCGUGCGGUACCGAGCAAUAGAAGACUACAGUGGUGCCUGUUGCCCUGUUACAAAAGGCUUGAGGACUCUCUUCACAACUCCUUGCACCGAGGAACCUCGAAUUGUUCUUCUCAAAGGGGAUCAGAUUUUAGCCACCAGAGGACUGAAACACUGGAUGUACGGAGACAAAAUUACUGCUUCAGCAAUUGAGGAUGGGAAGAGAAUUAGAGGCUGGUUCCCAAGGAGGUGUGUGGAGAAAUGCCUGUAUGAUUCUGAAACAGACCAGCCAUUGGAUGGAGAAAAGAAAACAAGAUAGCCAUUUCCCUUUCUUCUCUUUAGUAAAUGAAAAUGAUUCUUUUGGACCACUGUCCUUUUACUUGAAAAGUUCUGUAUAUUGCUAUAGAUUUAUGCAUUGAGCAAAGAGUGUUUUACUGUGAGUGUUUGCCAGGAUGGGUGCCCCAGUGCCAUAACCUUAAAUACCUUUUGCCAUUUUUAAAAUGGAGGAAGCCAUUCCAUGGAUGCCUUUUGAUAUUAAAGCCUUCACGGUCCCAAACAUAUUUGAUCUGUUUUCCUUUUUAUUUAAUUCUGAGGUUACAUUUCUUGAUUUCUAGUGUUGCUCAUUUAAAGGUAUUUGUAUGUUUCUCUGCUUUUCUGACCUAUUAUAGCUACAUUCCUCAACCUGCCCUGUCAUCUUCACCUCGGAAGCUGUAAGAGACUUUGGAAUGAGUGCAAAUGUGGAGUAAAUGAUUUGAUAAUAACCUGGGAUUAUUCUUUUAAAACCAUGUGAUUUUUUUUGUUGUGAAUUACAAAUAAAUAUGCUUGUGUAUUAUGUA